AUGAGUGAACAACAGCAGCAGCAGCAGCAGUCUGCCUCAGGUAUGGGGAGGUCCAGGCAUGGUGGCAAGAAUGACCUGGAGGCAGGCAGCUCCACCCACAGAGGAGAGAGAAAGUUUGUUUGUCAGCAAUGUGAUAAAACAUUUACAUCCAGACAAGGGCUUAAACAACACACCCUGAGACACACUGGUGUUAGAAAUUAUGAGUGUGUGGAAUGUGGAAAGAAAUUCACCACAAAGUCUGAUCUCACCACACACACCCUGACACACAGUGGUGUUAGAAAUUAUGAAUGUUUGGAAUGUGGAAAGAAAUUCACCAUAAAGGGUCACCUCACCACACACACCCUGACACACAGUGGUGUUAGAAAUUAUGAGUGUCUUGAAUGUGGCAUGAAAUUCACCAGAAAGGGUAACCUCACCACACACACCCUGAUACACAGGGGUGUUAAAAAUUAUGAGUGUCUGGAAUGUGGCAAGAAAUUCACCACAAAGUCUGAGCUCACCACACACACCCUGAUACACAGUGGUGUUAAAAAUUAUGAGUGUCUGGAAUGUGGCAAGAAAUUCACCAGAAAGGGUAACCUCACCAGACACACCCUGAUACACAGUGGUGUUAAAAAUUAUGAGUGUCUGGAAUGUGGCAAGAAAUUCACCACAAAGUCUGAGCUCACCACACACACCCUGAUACACAGUGGUGUUAAAAAUUAUGAGUGUCUGGAGUGUGGCAAGAAAUUCACCAUAAAUGUGGCAAGAAAUUCUUCACCAUUGGUGCUCUCAACAGACAUGCCUUCAGACACACUGGCUUGA